AUUCCACACACCCCCAGUUGCACCCAACAAGGAGCCCCCCAGGGGUGUUGGAGGAAGUUGUCGCCGAUUGUGCAGGAGACUGGGGGUCCCUAGUGACACCCCCUUCCUUAUCGCUAAGGAUCUGCCGUCAAGGAGUCGCAGCAGCAGCACAUUUGUGUAAUUGUCACAGACAUGCCGGGCAACCCCUUUACUCCCCAAUUCUUCUGCUCCCCCUUCCAACAAACUCAGCGCCCCCCUCACCCCCAAGCUCAUUUGCUUUGAUCCGGCAGCCUAUUCCCGUGCCAGCUAGAAGAAGAAGAAGACAUUGAAUUGCUUUGCAGCUCUGGGAGACCCCCCAAUAUGCGCUUAGUGGGGUUUCCAUUGCCAGCGGAUGUGUCUGUACAGCCCAGCCCUGUGCUUCCCCCUCACUAAUGCCUCUGAUCUGGGAUUCCUCCUGAGCUCCCAAGCCUCUCAUACCCCACCUUCUUUAUUAUUAUUAUUAUUAUUAUUAUUAUUCCCCUAAUUCAACCCCCCCCCCACACACACACUCACCUUCCUUUGGAUAUAUGCUGACUUUGGGGGGGCCUUUAGGAUGUAUGAGAAUGUGGACGUCAGCCCCACUCACUACCACAUGAUGGAUUUCUACAGUCACAACCGACAGUGCCUUUUGCCAGAGAAAAGAAUUAACCCUUACGGGACACCACUUGGGACUCAACACUGGAGCAGUUCCAACCACUCAAUUGAGACUCAGAGCACCAGUUCAGAGGAGAUUGUUCCGAGCCCCCCUUCCCCACCACCGCUCCCCAGAAUCUACAAACCCUGCUUUGUGUGUCAGGACAAGAGUUCAGGGUAUCACUAUGGAGUCAGCGCUUGUGAAGGUUGCAAGGGCUUUUUCCGGCGCAGUAUCCAGAAGAACAUGGUGUAUACGUGUCACAGAGACAAGAAUUGCAUCAUAAAUAAAGUCACGCGCAACCGCUGCCAGUAUUGCCGCUUGCAGAAAUGUUUUGAGGUCGGAAUGUCUAAAGAAUCCGUACGGAACGACCGCAACAAGAAGAAAAAGGAGCCCCCAAAGGUGGACGUGAUGGAGAGUUACGUGCUGAGCCCCGAGACUCAGGAUCUCAUAGAGAAAGUGCGCAAAGCCCACAAGGAGACAUUCCCUGCGCUCUGCCAGCUGGGCAAAUACACUACAAAUUUCAGCUCAGAGGAGCGAGUUUCUCUGGACAUUGAUCUGUGGGACAAGUUCAGUGAACUCUCCACUAAAUGUAUCAUCAAGACGGUGGAAUUUGCCAAACAGCUGCCGGGAUUCACCACUCUGACCAUCGCCGACCAGAUCACCCUCCUGAAAUCCGCUUGCCUGGAUAUUCUUAUCCUGCGAAUUUGCACACGUUACACCCCCGACCAGGACACCAUGACGUUCUCUGACGGACUGACCCUAAACCGCACUCAGAUGCACAACGCGGGCUUCGGACCCCUCACAGACCUGGUGUUCGCCUUCGCUAAUCAGCUGCUGCCGCUAGAGAUGGACGACGCUGAGACCGGUCUACUGAGUGCCAUCUGCCUCAUCUGUGGAGACCGGCAGGACCUGGAGCAGCCAGAUAAAGUGGACAAACUGCAGGAGCCACUUUUGGAAGCGUUGAAGAUCUACGUCAGGAACAGGCGACCCAAAAAGCCACACAUGUUCCCCAAAAUGCUCAUGAAGAUCACAGACCUGAGGAGCAUCAGUGCCAAGGGUGAGUUAGUCACGGAGGGGUCUGUGGCUUCUCUCAUCC